AUGCAGGCUCCGGUGGUGGUAAUGAACACCAACAGUGGUGAGAGACAGGUCGGUCGCAAAGCUCAGUUGUCGAAUAUCACCGCUGCAAAGACAGUUGCGGAUAUUAUUCGAUCAUGUCUCGGACCCAAGGCCAUGCUGAAGAUGCUCCUGGAUCCUAUGGGAGGAAUUGUUCUUACCAACGACGGACACGCUAUUCUACGAGAAAUCGAGGUUUCGCACCCCGCCGCUAAGAGCAUGAUUGAACUGAGCCGUACCCAAGACGAGGAAGUUGGAGAUGGAACGACAACUGUCAUAAUUCUCGCCGGUGAAAUGCUCGCACAAGCCCUUCCCCAACUCGAACGUAACAUCCACCCCGUUGUCAUUAUCUCUGCCUUCAAACGCGCCCUAGCAGACGCACUUGCGAUCAUCGAGGAGGUCUCGCUGCCUGUGGAUAUCGACGAUGACCAGGCGAUGUACACUCUUAUCAAGUCUUCCAUUGGCACAAAGUUCGUUUCACGGUGGUCGGAUCUGAUGUGCGACUUGGCACUGAAGGCCGUCCGCACGGUCUCGUUUGAUGCUGGUGGUGGCAAGAGAGAGGUUGACAUCAAGCGGUAUGCCCGUAUUGAGAAGAUUCCCGGUGGUCAGAUUGAGGACAGUGAGGUUAUCGACGGAGUCAUGGUCAACAAGGACAUCACCCACCCCAAGAUGCGGAGAAGAAUCGAGAACCCCAGGAUCAUUCUUUUGGAUUGCCCGUUGGAAUAUAAGAAGGGAGAAUCGCAGACGAACAUUGAGAUCUCCAAGGAAGACGACUGGAAUCGUAUCCUGCAGAUCGAGGAGGAGCAGGUAAAGCACAUGUGUGACGCUAUCUUGGCCUUGAAGCCCGACGUCGUUAUCACUGAGAAGGGUGUUUCCGAUCUUGCACAGCACUUCUUGAUGAAGGCCAAUGUCACAGCUCUUCGCCGAGUGAGGAAAACGGACAACAACCGUAUCGCCAGAGCUACGGGCGCGACGAUCGUUAACCGUGUGGACGACAUCCAGGAAUCCGACGUUGGAACUGAGUGCGGUCUCUUCGAGAUUGAUAAGAUUGGUGAUGAAUACUUCACAUUCCUCCGAAAGUGCCAGAACCCCAAGGCUUGCACAAUCCUUCUCCGUGGCCCGUCCAAGGACAUUAUCAACGAGAUUGAGCGCAAUCUCCAGGAUGCCAUGUCCGUUGCCCGGAACGUUAUCUUCCACCCCCGCCUGUGCCCCGGUGGUGGUGCCAUCGAAAUGGCCGUUUCCGUCAAGCUCAGCCAACUGGCCAAGUCCAUUGAGGGCGUCCAACAAUGGCCCUACAAGGCCGUGGCAGAUGCUAUGGAGGUUAUCCCGCGCACACUUGCACAGAACGCUGGUGCUAGCCCGAUCCGAGUCCUGACUCGCAUGAGGGCUAAGCACGUCGAAGGCCACACCACAUGGGGCCUUGAUGGUGACAGCGGUGCUUUGGUUGACAUGAAAGAGUAUGGCGUUUGGGAGCCUGAGGCAGUCAAGCUUCAGAGCAUCAAGACCGCCGUCGAGGUAAGAGUCAAAGCCCAAGUUGACAAGAUCAUUGCUAACCGUAAAUAG